GUAACCUUGAAUUGCAAACUGACAUGUUGCUAACUUCGCAGUAGUUUUUCCCGCAGUUUGGCGUCCACCGAUUGAUAAAAGAAUUUUAACGCGUUUUUUCUGUGUAUUUAGAUCAAUAAGACAAUUCUUUAUCCUAAUGAUUUGUUUUCUAGUGAUGUUUUUAUAGACUUAUUAUGUUGUUUCCGUGAUUGCUUCGUUUGGGUUUUCCUGCUGUGGUGAUUUUUGUAAACAUCGGGAACACAGGCCCCACGUCUAUGACUUCUUAUUGGCAGCAUGGCGGAAAUAGUGUACCCGCAAGGCUGCCGCCCAAUCACCGAUGACCUUGGACCAGACGAGCUCGUUCGAAGACUCAAGGCCCUGGCUCACACCCUCCAGGGUCUGGGUCAGGAUGAAGGCAUGUACCAGCAGUACAUACCGCUGGCUCUACACCUAGCAGACGAGUUUUUCCUAACACAUCCAUCACGAGAUGUCCAGCUGCUCAUCGCGUGCUGCAUCGCAGAUGUUCUUAGAGUUUACGCACCGGAAGCUCCUUACAAGGACCAGGAACAGGUGAAAACAAUAUUCCUGUUCCUCAUCAACCAACUCCAAGGACUCCGGGAUCCAAAGGACCCGGCUUUCAAGCGUUAUUUCUACUUGCUAGAGAACUUGGCCUACGUGAAAUCAUUCAAUAUGUGCUUCGAGCUGGAAGACUGCCAGGAGAUAUUCUGCGCAUUAUUCUCUCUCAUGUUUAAGAUUGUCAAUACGGAACACUCGUCAAAAGUCAAGUCGUUCAUGCUUGACGUUCUCUGUCCCCUCAUCACCGAGUCGGACGUGGUCUCCAACGAGCUGCUAAACGUCAUACUCGUUAACCUCGUGGAACCGAACAAGCGAGAACAUAAACAUGCGUAUUCCCUCGCUAAGGAAUUAAUAGUGAAAACGAGCGAAACGUUGGAGCCUUAUAUACAGGCGUUCUUUAAUCACGUUUUAAUCUUGGGAAAGGAAGAGAAGAAUCUUCUAAUAUUUUCUAAAGUAUAUGAGUUAAUAUACGAACUAAAUCAAUGUUGCCCGUCAGUACUAUUAUCGGUACUGCCACAGUUAGAGUGUAAACUUAAAUCGGCGCACUUUCAAGAGCGAUUGAGCGCAGUCGCGUUACUCGCUCGAAUGUUCUCCGAACCGGGGUCAACUCUCGCCCAGCAGUACCCCGCCCUGUGGCGAGCCUUUCUCGGCAGAUUCAACGAUAUAUCCGUUCAGAUACGAAUCAAGUGCGUCCAAUAUUGCAUGCACUUCCUUGUCCACCAUCCGGACCUGAGAAAAGAUAUAACGGAGACGCUCAAAAUGAGACAGCACGAUGCGCACGAGCAAGUUCGCUACGAAGUUGUUAUGGCCAUAAUAGCAACCGCCCAAAGAGAUUUCCAAGCGGUCGCCGAGUCGGAGGACCUCCUCCAUUUCGUCCGCGAAAGGACGUUGGAUAAGAAAUUCAAAAUACGCAAAGAAGCAAUGUCAGGCUUAGCGAUGAUAUAUAAGAAGUUCUUAACGGAGGAAAGCGUCCCACCGGCCACCGAGAAAGCGGUACAGUGGAUCAAAGACAAAAUCCUUCACGGGUAUUACAUGACAGCCCUAGAGGACAGAUUGCUGGUCGAGAGACUUUUAAAUACAUCCCUGGUUCCGUACACACUGCCCCCGCCGGUGAGGAUGAAAAAAUUAUACUAUUUAAUGUCAAAUGUCGACGACAAUGCAACGAAAGCAUUCAUAGAGUUACAAAAGCACCAGCUGGCCGUACGGCGUACGGUCGCCGAAUGGAUAGAGUUGCACAGGAAACCUGCAACACCGGCCGUUCAAAAGGAAAUGAUCGCUAAGGUCCUACACAUAAGUUCGAAAUUCCUACCGGAGUCUGUGAAGGCUCAAGAGUUCCUGAAUAAAUUUUCGAGUCACAUGAACGCCGCUCCCGAACUAUUGCAAGGAAUGGAGACGAUUUUAAAUCCCAAUGUCAGUUGUGAAGUCUGUGUCCGGACAACGUCGAACGUCUUAAAAAAAUUGGGUCAGCCGGUUAUGACGAAUCUAUACUACAACACAGUGAAGAUGCUCCUGGAGCGAGUGAGCUCGGUGAUGGUGGACCACGAGUCGCUGCUCAUCCUGGUGGGAUACGUGGAGGGUGCCGUGCGGGGCGUCGACCCCUCCAUAGCAGAGGAGUGCGGCAUCGACGUGUCGCGCGCGGCGGAGCGCGGCCUGAAGCUGCUGGUGAUGCUGUCGUUCGUGUUCCCGGCGCACUUCCUGCACGAGGACGUGCUGCACCGCCUCACGUCGCUGCUGGAGCUGGACGACGAGGCCGUGGCGCCGCACGUGCUGGCCGCGCUCACCUUCCUCGGGAAGUACCGCCCGCUCAGUGAAGCCUGUCCUGCGUUGUUCCCGAAACUGAUCACACUCUGUAAGGCAUACGCUGAAGUGGGUACUCCGAAACAAGCCAAAAAUGCUGUAAGAUGUCUGUUCGUGAACGUCCCGGAGCAGCGGUCGCAGAUCUUCACGGAGAUCCUCGACACGCUGAAGAGCACGCUCAGCCCGCACUCCGAGCACUACCGCACCGCCAUCGUCACGCUCGGACACAUCGCGCACAACUUGCCGGACAACUUCCCCGUGCACAUCAAGAACAUCGUCUCCAGAAAGAUAGUUAAAGAGCUACUAGUACGUGAGGGUGGGGGUGGUCCAAACGCGCCGGAUAACGACUGGUGCCCGGAAGAGGAAUUACCGGAGGAAACUCGUUGCAAGUUAGAAGGACUCAAGUGUAUGGCCCGCUGGCUGCUGGGCUUGAAGAAGGACGAAUUAUCUGCACAGAAGACGUUUAGGAUGCUCAAUGCUUUCAUUGUCCAUAAAGGAGAUCUACUACAGCAAAAGCAGGUGUCGAAGGCGGAGAUGGCGCACCUGCGGCUGGCCGCCGGCGCCGCCAUGCUGAAGAUCUGCGAGCAGAAGGGCGUCGGCGACCAGUUCACCGCCGACCAGUUCUACAACCUGUCGCAUCUCAUGGUGGAUGAAGUACCGCAAGUCAGAGAAGGUUUUGCGGCUAAAUUACAUAAAGGAUUAUCAAAGGGUAUACCAAACAAAUGCCUGCCUCUGGACUUUAUGGGUAUGUACGCUCUGGCCGGCCGCGAACCGGACAGGCGCAUACGGGGUAUCAUACGCCAGUACAUGCUAGCUGACGUCGUACGACGCAGGGAGUACGUGCGGAAUAUCACUAUUGGUACUAAAGUUGAACGAGCAGUGAGCCAAUUGCCACACAUCCUACCGGAUUACAUGAUGGUAUUCGCAGUGCCAGUACUGGCUCAUGAUCCAGGAUUUACCGCCUACGAUAACGUAGCACAGCUUAAGGUGAUAAAACAGUGUCUCUGGUUCGUGCUGGAGCCUCUAAUAACUCGUAACGAUUUCUACUGCUACGGCUUCUACAAGAGUCUCGUGGAGCGAAUGAAAAACCACAAGGACGCAUUAAAUGAGACAGACGAUUCUUUUAAUUAUAAGCUGUGGGCGACGUGCGACCUGGCGAUGUCGGUGAUCUGGGCGCGCUCCACGAGCUUCGAGCUGCGCGACUUCCCGUCCGACGCGCGCAUCCCCACCAUGUACUUCGCGCCGCAGCCCGACUUCUUCAUCAACACGCGCGUCUUCCUGCCGCCCGAGCUGCAGUUCCAGCCGAAGCGGCAGCCGAGCGCGCCCGAGGUGGCGGCGCGCGCGCGCAAGCGCGGCCGGCCCGGCGACUCGCUCGACAACGCCAACGACGUGGAGCCUGUCGUUGGCCGAUCUGGAAGUAUCGAUGCUAAGCCAUCAGAAGCGUCGGAUACGCAGAUAAUAUUGCCUGGAAUCGAACAACCACCAGAAACGGAGCUGGAAGAGCCUCAAGCGAAACGCGUCAUUAAUGACUGAAUUAUUUAAAUCGGGAUGUAUUCUAUUAAUAAUGGAGUCGUUUAUGUCAUUUAUACGAUGAAAUUGAACUUUGUUAUUUUUUAAUAUUAUCUGUUUUAUUUUUUAUCUGUGACCAUUGUGAAAUUGAUAGUUCAGUUUUAGUUUAAUUUGAUACAACUACUGUUUAAACGAUUAUUGUAUUUACUAUUAAUUGUCGUUAUUAGCAUAAUUAAUAUUUUCUAUAAUUGAGGUAUAAAAUUCCUGUAAAAGUUUAUUUUUUAAUCGUGAAACUUAAAAUAGAUAUGAUGUAAAUUAUAGUAACCAUUCAGCCCAGAAGAAUAAUAGCGUUCUUUUAAUUUAAAAAUAAAUGUCAAUUUCAAAACUUUUUAGUAAAGUAAAUAAUAUGUAAUACAAAUUGUGUGCGUUUAUAUAGAAUACAUCCCUAAUUCCUAAGGCCCAGACAAACACCCAGUCAGGUAUCAUUACGCUUAAACCCAUUAAGACUGGAUAUUUAUACCCUGAAUGUCAUAAUAAAAACAACCUUACCACAAGGAGACAAAACUCAAAUUCUAUUAUACUAAAACGAAACCUGAAGAAUCUUUCGUCUAUAAAAUAUGAAGAAAAACAUUGAAAAUUGUAUAUGAGGUUUUUUAUCUGUUGCGUUAAAUUUAUAAAAAAAAAAUAAAAUCAGUAAAUGAAAUAGUGUUGUGAAACAAAAAAAAUAAUUUUGAAUCAUAUACGAGAUAUUUGAUCUUUAAUUUAUUUACCAUCGGUCCAAAUAUAAUUGAAUAGAUUUUGUAAUCUACAUUAUCGAUAAUAAUGAUUAAAUCGACAUCAUUAAGGUUUUAAAGUAUUUUGAUUUUAUAACAACAUCGUAUUUAAACCGGGAUUUGAAUUUGUUUUUAAAAUAUUUCUGUCUAAGACCAUUUUGGGAGAUGAAAUACAAAAUAACAAUCUUUCGAUUAAUUAAGGAUGAUUUUAAAACGAAUGAUUAAUAAUAAUCUCCCAAAAUGUUUCGCUUGUAGAAAAUAUGUUUAAAAUCUUUAGGCCCGAGUCUAUACAGCCUACUUAUAUUUAACUUUAACGUCAAAAUAGUUUACGAGUAAAUUAAAUCGAAGUAAAGUUUAAUCGUGUACCACGGUUCAAAUAUUGUCGCUACAUUUGUGUAAAGGCCCAUCUGGGUGAGUUCAUAUGAAACUAUGUAUUCUAUCUCAGUGUCUUUCUAGAUUCUAUAUUUUAUGUAUGAUGUUAAAGUGAAUAUAAGUAAGUAUAUAUGUAUUUAUGGUUUAAUGACUCACUUGGUAUAUUAUGAAGGAGAACAGUGUAAUAUAGUGUUUGAUUGUAAGUUAUGAUACAAUAUUUGUUCGCUCGUUGUUUUUAGUUUUAAUUUAAACUUCGGCUGGUCGAUUAUUUUCUCAUUUUUUUUUUUAUUUUAAUCUUUUUCAGCCUCAUGGGCUACGCCUCGAGGUCUAAUAGGGAUUCAUGAAUACGCAUGGUGUUUAUUGUAUUCUUUAGUAAUGACAUAUUAAUAUCGUCCUAGCAACAAUAUGAUCAUGUGUAAUCAAUGAUUUUACAACGGAUCGCUUGUUCGGAUUUAAAUUAAUGACACAAAAUUAUUUACUUUAAAAAAAAAUAAUGUUAGUGGACAUCGUCGCGUUUUAUAUUUAGACUCUUGUGAUAGAUACAAGUUAUUUCAUUGUUAAACUUUAUUUUUAAGUUACGUUGGGAAUAUUACUUUGUACCACUUGAUGCCACCGAAUUAAAUAUGCUAUUUUUGAACUAAGAAAUUUACAUAUUAGUCAUUGAAUUGAACUGUAUGUAUUUAUAUAUAUAUAUCCUCAUAUUAUUUAGUAAUGAUUUCAUCGGUGAAAAUUCUGUUUUAAUAUAAGAUGAUCCAAAUAUAUAUAUAUUUUUUUAGUGGAUUUUUUCCCAACGUCGCCUCAAUGUCCACCAGCUCUAGCUUGUGAUAAGUGUAUGAUUUAUAAUUAUUUUGUGUCGUUUAAUUGAUUUAAGUGUACCAAAAACUUGGGAGAGCCCGUGACGGCGUGCGACACCGCUCGGUGGACGCAGUGAUGAUUCUCUGUAGUUAUGUAUUAAAUAAAUAAUAAAUACAUAUGA